AUGUCCCUCAAGCGCAAGGCUGAUUUUGCAGCUGUCCCAUCCAGCCCAUCAAUUGCGGCCCCCAGCGAAUGGGGCAUGGUGAUUGAUGGAAACAAUCACCUUCACAGCCGGACACGCAAGCGUUUCAGAGACGACCGUCCAAGCGACCAAGUUAUUUACCGUACGUGUUUCUUUCUGGCCCCAAUUAGCCACGAGACACCCCUUGAUCGCAUUGUCCUUCAGCGUUGCUUACAGACUACAGAAAACACAUUACGCUGGAUCUUUUCCGCUCAGAAGCAACAAGUGCCUGCAUCGACGGUUGAAAUGGAUACAAUGGAAUCGGAAGCUGCUCUCGAAGCACCCGUGGAGGUCGACCCGCGACAGCAAACAUUACACAGGUUCUUUCAACCAACACCCCAGCAAUCAUCACCCUUCCGACCAUCCCGUCAAGCGCUUGCGCCUCGCGCAAAUGAGACAGCGCUUGCACAGGAGGACAUUCUCCGACGCCGGGCGUUUGAGCAGAUGACCUCGGCGGACAGCUCGAGCACAAGUGAUAGCAACAGUCCCGGAUUCAAUCAAAUGGGUGCUGACGUGGAUAUGGAUAUGGACAUGGAUGUGAAUAGCGGCAGUGGAAGUGAUAGUUCCGGUCAGUUAUCCAGGAACUGGGCUGGAGGCAUGGCUUGGGUAUGA